AUGAGCCGCAUCUUCAGGCAGAAGGACCUGUGUGAUGAGCAGCUGCUAAGGCAGGAAUCAAGCGGAGAGGCAGGAGAUGCCAAGGAUGGGGAUGCGCAGAAUCCUGCUGCCGGGGAAACGGAUUCUUUCCCAGAGCUUCAGGCUGUCGCCCCCUGUGGCCGAGGCCCUGAUUCUUUCCCGGAGAUCACUGAAGCUCUCAUUGCUACCUAUCAGGCUAAUUAUGGCUUCUCAGAGUCCACCUCAAAUGCUCAGGACACAGGUGUCAACACGGCAGGAGAACCUCUGCAAAGAGAAGUCUCAGAGACCGCUGAUCCCAGAAAGAGGGGAGAAAAAAGAAAGAACUCGGGAUGGUUCCAUGUUGAAGAAGACAAAAACACGAAUGUGUAUGUGUCUGGUAUGCCUCCAGACAUUACGGUAGGCGAAUUUACGCAGCUUAUGUCCAAGUUUGGCAUUAUUAUGAGAGAUCCCCAGACAGAAGAAUUUAAGAUCAAACUUUACAAAGACAAUAAGGGAAAUCUAAAGGGAGAUGGGCUUUGUUGUUAUUUGAGGAAAGAAUCAGUGGAACUUGCGGUAAAACUUUUGGAUGAAGAUAAAAUUAGAGGCUACAAAUUGCAUGUAGAGGUGGCCAAGUUUCAACUGAAGGGGGAAUAUGAUGUCUCGAAGAAAAAGAAGCAAUGCAAAGAUUAUCGGAAGAAAUUGUCUCUGCAACAAAAGCAGCUGGAUUGGAGACCCGAGAGGAAGGCUGGACCAUCCAGAAUGAGUCAUGAGCGAGUCGUCAUCAUCAAAAACAUGUUUCACCCCACGGAUUUUGACGAUGAGCCCUUGGUACUGAAUGAGAUCAGAGAAGAUCUCAGAGUAGAGUGCUCAAAGUUUGGACAAGUCAGGAAGCUCCUUGUUUUUGAUAGGCACCCCGAUGGUGUGGCCUCUGUGUCCUUCAGGCGUCCAGAGGAAGCUGACUGUUGUAUUCAAACCCUUGACAAAAGGUGGUUUGGUGGCCGUCAAAUCUCUGCACAAGCAUGGGACGGGACUACAGAUUAUCUUGUGGAAGAGACCUGUAAAGAAAGGGAAGAAAGGAUGAGAGGGUGGGAUGCAUUCCUCAAUGCUCCAGAGGCCAACAGAGACUGCCAGAAUUCAAAUUCCACCUCUGAAAGUGUAGGGCAAUGUAGAAUAAAACAUUUUUCAGGGCACAUCUCCAAAUCUGAAAUAAACCUUCAGGAAACUGCAACUGGAACAUCAUUUGAAGGUUUUACUGAGAAAAAGGUUGAAAAUUCAGAAGAUGGGGGAGAGUUGGACGAACAUAUUUCUGGAAAGGAUCUUAAAGAAUAUAAACAUGAAAAACAGGCAAAACAAAAUCUGAUUGAAAGAGAAUUCAAGCCAGCUUCCCCCGAGAUACAGUCUAAUGGGAGCCAACUUAAAAAUGAACAUGAAAAAUGCUAUCCCAGAAAAGAGGCUGUAAAAGAAGAUAUUGCUAAAACCGAUAUGCAAGAUAAUGUCCCAGAAAGAGAAUACUUAAAGAGAGCCAAAGAUGAUGAGAAUGGCCCGUUGAAAGUGUCUCAUGGUGAUGAGAGCAGCAAGGACAGCACAGAUGAGGAGAGCUUGAACAAAGGAUCAGAAGAGGAAAGCCCAGAGAGAACGUCUGAUGAAGACUGCCCUGCAGGACAGUCUGAAAGAAGUUUUGAAAAAGAAUUUGAAGUGAACAGAUUUGAAAGAGAUUUUGCCAGGCAUCGCUCUGACAGGGACCUUCUUAAAGAUGAAAACCUAUUUGAAAAUGUGCUAGAGGAACAUGACACUCAUUCAGAAUUUGCUGAAGCCCCUGGGAGAGUGUUGAAAGAAGGAGGCUCAGAGAGAGAAUCUGGGGAGUAUGCCAAGGAAAAGGAAGAUGUCUGUGGAAAGGUUCCUGAUGCGAAGCCUAAGGAGGUGGAGGAUGAAGAUGAAGCUGAAAAAGAAUGUGAUGAUGCUGGUGGAAAAGAGAAAGAUGAUGAUGAAAACCUGUUUCCCAGCCAAGACAAAAAAGAAGACACAGAUCAGAAGAACAAUGGAGACAAUGAGGAAAAUCUGUCGAAAGAUGAAAAUUCCAGUGAGAAGUCAUGUCAUGAGAAGGUAGUUUCCACGGAGAAGUAUUCUGGUGAUUUUGUUGAGAAAGAGCCUGUGGCAAAUGUGAGGGAAGAUGGAUCCCAGCCCAUAGACGACAUCUUUGUCCUAAAUAACAACGAUAGGGCCAAUGAAAUUUAA